AUGAUUUUUGCAGAAGCUGUAACUAUAAUUUUUAUAUUUUCAGCUAGGAGAAGAUGAUGAAUAUAUUCGACUUUAAAAAAUAAGUUUGGGAAUUAAGGAGGUUUCUUUGAACUUAAGAAACAUGUAAAUUAUCACAGAUCAUAACAUCUUAAAAUCAAGUUUUUGUUUAUAACUUAUAAUAAGUGAUUUGUUCCUAUCCUUUCUAAUAGGCAAGCAUUGAAUUGCUGAUGUCAGCUUUCUUUGAUUAUUUUAAACAUAAGUUAUUCCUUUUGGCUUUUUAUAGGGCACUUUAAGAAGUAAGUGAAUUAUAAGAAUACAGAGAAUUUUUAGGAAAUAGAAGCACUAGGAAUUUAAAGAUGACAAUUAAGUAAAUAUAGAUAAUAAAUUCAUAGUGGAAAUGUUAAUAAGAUUAUUGAAGAAUAAUAAAAAUAAGGAUCCAUACCAUUUUCGAAAUAAGUUAUAGAGAAAUUGUUAAUAGCUAAAAGAUUCGCUUGUUCUUACUUGAAGAGAUUCUUUUAAUUGGCGAUUCAAAUUAAUGUAGAUUUGGAAGAAAUGUCAAUAAUUUUUAAACAGUUCAUUAUACAUACUCGAUGCCAUAGAUUUUAGUAAUAAUUGAUUGAUUAAUUCUUUGAUUGUAAAUAAAGUAUAUUUUAUGAAUUUCCAUGGAAGAAUAAAUAUGAUUAAGAAUUGGAUGAUUGUAAAUAUAUAUUUUAUAAAUUUUAGUUUGUAAUAGAUGGACAAUUGAGGUUGCUCCUAAAUGGGUUUUAGAUAGAAAAAAGUCAAUGUCUUCAUUUAAUUACAUUGCAACAGAAAAAUAAAUUAAAAUUGAAUAAGAAGAUGAAUAUAUAACACCAGCCAGUAAAGUAGAGUCUGUAGCUGAUUAUGUUGAAAUUAUGCAAAAGAUAAUCUGUAAGCCUAUAGAAAUGGUAACUCAACAUGACUAACUCUAAUUACAUAAUAAAGAUAACAUAGAGAUUUUAAUUAAAUUUAUAAUUGAUCCUCUAGAAACAGAACUCAUAGAUGAUUGGGUAUUAUUAAUUUAUAUUAUUUUAAGGGAUUACUAUUUUAGAGAAAGGAAAUAGAAAGCAAUGAUUACAAAACUACAUUUAAAUUUAGUACUAUAUCUAUGGAAUAUUUGAAUACAGUUAGAUCUUUCAAAAGUCUUUAGUUUUUGACUUAAAAAGUUAAUCAUUCUAGAUUCUAUCUUACAAUUUAAGAAAUGACUCCUAAAAUAUGUAUUAUUAAAUUCAUAUUUUUUUUAGUUGAAUAAAUCUUAGAAAACCUUAAUUCUUAAACAAUUUAAAUGAAUUUAAACCAUUUAGCUAUUUUAAUAGAUCAAUUAUUACUUAUUUGUCCAAAAGCUAGUAUAAUGAAGAUCAUUGAAUUAGAUUUUCUAUUCUUAUUUUUGUAAUAUUCAAGUAAUACAUAUAUUGAAUCUUUGAUAACUGAUAUUUUAGACUUAACAGUUGAUAAAUAUAAACUUGGUUAUUAUAUUUAAGAAUAGAUUUGGAAAUAUAUUGUUGAAACUUAAUGGAUAGAUUGUUUAAGCAAUUCUAUAUUUCAAUAAAAUUAUUCUUUAAGCAAUCAAAAAUUGCCUUCAAUAGAAAAUAAUGAAUAAAAAUCAUAAAUCCUCAACAUUCUAUCAAAAUUUAAAGAUAUUCAAAAACCUAUUGAAAUUGUAAAAAUAAGUACAUUAGAUGAAUUUAUUGGACCAUUAGGAGGAUAAACAUAUUAAUAAAAUUCAGAAGAACAUUUAUAAUUACCUGAAAAUAUAUCUUAUGCUUAAUUAUUAGAACAUGAUGUAGAUGCAAUAAGAGCAUAUUUAGAUGAAAGAAGAAUGCAUAAACCUAUUAAUUAUAGUAGAAAGUAAAGUAGAAAAGUAGAAUCUUAGAUGUCAACUUAUCGUUCACCUACUAUUUCACAUAAUCGUAACAUUAGUUUAAAUGUACCUAUUCUUCCAUAGAUUAAUACUCCAAAAUCAAUCUCUAAUAAAUAGACUGAAGUAUAAUCUUUUCUUAAUGACUCAAAAUCAAAAAGAGGAAGUGUUGAAAAAUAAGAGAAACAUGACAAAUCUAUUAGUUCUAAAACAUCAUAAUGGGCUUAAAAUCUUUAAUAGACUUCAAGAUCUUCAUUGUCAUCAGAGACUGGAUUUUCAAGUAGUAAACUUAUUACACUUUAUCCUUCAGGUAAUCAAAAAGCAAAUCCUAGUCAAUUUGAAAUAAAUUUAACAGAUUUUUAUUAUAAUACAAAUACAUAUGAACAUCUAAUAAACUUAUUAGAAAAAAUAGUAAAUGUAAUUAUAAUACAUUAAAUGAGAAAUAAAAAUAAUGGAGAACACUUUAGCAAUUUUGUUUUUAAUUAAGAUUUAGUACUUUCUUUAUUUAAAUUUUAUUUAUAUGAGAUAAAUUAGAAGAAAGAUAUUAGUUUCUAAUGUGGUAAAAUAAUAAAUUAAAUUUAUUUUCUUGGUAAAAAAUAUGGAAAUGUUGAAUAAUAAGAAUUUUUAAGAGAAAUUUUCUAUUAAAUAAUAGAAUAUUUAAAUAAAGUCAUCAUUAAUAUAAAUAGAUUAAAUUCUGAUUUAAAUUUUAUUACUCAAUUCAUAUUAUUUUAAACAAUUAAUAAUGGAUUUGCAAUAUUUGAACCUUAUGAUGCAACAAAAUUAAAUAGAAAUAUUUACAAAUUCUUAAGUGAAACAAUUAUCCAUUUAUAUAUAAUUUAUUUCUUUAAGAGCAAAUAAAAUACUUUAUAUUAAUAUUAGUUUGUUGAAUUUAUAAAUAUGAUCUUUGAAAAGGCUCCAACUUACUUACUUUAAAAUAUAUUAUUUAAUGUUGGAUUAAUUAGUUCUCUUUAUAAUGCAUAUACAACUUUCUAUGCAAAUGGUUUUAAGAGUCAUAGUUACAAUGAAAGCUUAUUUUAUUAUCUUAUAAAAUUAAUAAGAGUAAUUCAUAACAAUUUAAAUAAAAGAGAAUUAACUGUAAUUUUGAGUUCUUUAUAACCUCUUGAUUCAUGGAGAUGUUUAAUUAAAACACUUCCUAGCAGUUAAAUAAUAAAAGAAAAGAAAUUAAAAACUUAAGAAGUUGAAUUACAAAAAUCUACUCUUGAAUCUUAAUUAAACAACAGACAAUCUGUUUUAAAUGAAAGUAGAGCAUCAAUAAGUUUAACACUUAAUAAUAGAAAGUAUAAAUUUUAGACUAUUAUAUUCUUAGACUUUCAUAAAAAUAAUCAACUCCUCAAAAACUAAGUGCUAGAAUUUAAUAACUAUAAUAAAAAGGUAUAUCAAGUUAAUCCCCAUCCUAACUAGCCUAUUGA